AUGGCCGGACCACCCAAACAAGCAUCUCGUCACGUUUUCGCUCGCAAGAGAGGCAAAGGAACCAGACGCAUACACAUCUUCAGAGCUAUCUAUCUUGUGCCUUUCUUGUUCUUCUUAACCAUUGUCGUAGCUCUCUGGAUGAUGAUGGCCGAGUCACCAAAUCCUACCCCUGAAUAUACCGCAUUUUCCACAGUCACGGGUUAUUUUCAGCAAGACAAUCCCAUCACAGAAGACCGUGGCUUUGACUAUACAACCACAAAUUUCGGCCUUGUAGACCGCGCAUACCAUGGGGACUCGCAAUUCGAUCCCGACCACAAGAAAAGCCAGUGGGAACGAUUUGGAAAUGAAGUAGCUCGUCUCAAUCAUGACAGCAAACCAAAGGUCCAAUACAAACUUCUCUACAUGGGUCGUCACGGUGAGGGUUAUCACAACGUCGCCGAAGCCUUCUAUGGCACACAUGACUGGGAUAUCGCCUCCCAAAACAUCCCAACCCCAGAAUCCUACUAUACAAGUCCCCUCCUACGUUGUCUCGCUACAGCUAACGUCACAUUCUCUGGCCUGGAUCUCACUAAGGAUCGCCAAUUCGUGCCUAUCAUCAAGGAAUUGUUCAGAGAAGAACUCGGUGUGCAUACCUGCGAUCGCAGAAGUAGCAAGAGUAUCAUUCGUGAAAACUACCCAAAUUGGCCAUUCGAAGCAGGAUUCAAGGAGGACGAUCCGCUCUGGGAUGCAGAGCAUAGGGAGACGAAUGAAGCCAUGGAUAUGAGGCUUAUGCAGGCGCUUGAGGAUGUGUUCUCCAAUGACAAGAAUACUUACAUCAGCAUUUCAAGUCAUUCGGGGGCUAUUGGAUCAAUUUUGAGAGUUUUGGGACAUAGAAAUUUCAGCCUAGGCACUGGGCAAGUAAUUCCUGUGCUUGUGAAGGCGGAGCAGGUUGCGGGUGAGGGACCGCCAAAGGGUAAAGGGCCGUAUACGACGAUCUCGACUUGUUCUGCUCCGUCUGCUACGGCUGUACCAAUUUGA